AUGGCGGCUUUGGUUUCCCAAGAAAACGUUGUGGCAUUGGUUUCUCGGUCAGGCAGGGAGUUGCAACGCUACAGAAAAGGUCGUCGCCAAGUCGUGGGAUGCAUACCAUACAGACAUAAAAAUGGUGACCAAACUUCCAUGGAGGCAGCACAAGAAUUAGAAGUUUUGGUUAUUACUUCUCAGAAAGGCAAAGGGAUGCUAUUUCCUAAGGGAGGCUGGGAACUAGACGAAUCAAAAAAGGAGGCAGCUUUGCGAGAAACCAUAGAGGAAGCAGGUGUACGAGGCAUUGUUGGGGGCAAAUUGGGUAAGUGGAGCUUCAAAAGCAAAAGCCAUGAUACUUUCUAUGAAGGCUAUAUGUUUCCUCUACUUGUUCAAGAGCAAUUAGAGUUCUGGCCAGAGCAUAACGUUCGUAGAAGAAUAUGGAUGAGCGUUUCUGAAGCAAGGGAAGUGUGUCAACACUGGUGGAUGAAAGAAGCUCUAGAGAGACUAGUGAAUCGUCUCACGGCUCGAAAACAAGUAGUAGGUUCUGUAAUAUGCAUAGGAGAUGCCAAAUCUGACUUGUAA